AUGGCGCCGGGCCGAGGGAUGCCGGCGGGCCGCACGCUGCGGAGGCGGGAGGGACGCGGGAAGGGCCGGGCCGCGUCCCCGUCCCCAUCCCCGUCCGAGCCGAAGGAGAGGAACCCGGCGCUCCCCGCAGAGCCGCGGCCCGCGCUGUGCCCGCUGCGGAGCGGCGAUGUCCGAGCGCUCGCCGUUCGGCUGGAGGACCUGGAAAAACUCCACGCUCCACGCCUGCCCCACGAUGCUGGGAGGAUUCCAGUCAGGAGGAAAUUCCUGGUUCGGAAAUACCAACCCAGAGAGGCCAAAGCAGCCCCGCGCCUCCUGGUAGCACGGCCGGCUUUCCCAAGGACAGCCAGGGAGCCGCUGUGUUUCUCUGGACCGGCACUGUUCGGUGAAGGCUGUGAAGAAAUUCUUCCUCAUCAUGUUUUGGGAAGUCUCCAGGAGUUGAAGAUGGAAGCCUUGGCCAGAGGAAAUACUCAGAUAGCAGAUUCCAUUCAGGUUCCUCAUCAGCCCGUUGCUGCAGCAGUUUUAAAAGAGAAACGUGGAGGAGAAACAAAGAGAAAAUUUCAUCAAACCCCAGCAUCAGAACAUAAAGCUCUGCAGAACUGGCACCAUAAUAUGGCAAUCAGGAAGAAGCAGGAGAGGUAUCUGGGAGAAAUUCUUCAGAGGCCAGAGAAUGAGCUGCUGAUGAGCAUCUCGGAGGAUUACAGACAAAUCCAGGAGGAACGGGACCUCAUUGACCGUGGUCUCCCUGCCCUGUUUCCUGGAAAGGGCUACCGAGCAGGAAGCGAAUUCUGGAGCCAGCCUGAGCGCAUCGGGGACGAGCUGACCGGCCUGACGGUGACACUGACACGCAGAGAACGGGGCUGCCCACAGCCAGUCACUCAUGUGGGGAAGCCCCACACUGUUCAGAUGGAAACGGGCGUGAAGCCUCCACAGAGGAUCCCUUUCCGUCUGACCUGGGACAAGAGUCUUUUCCUGAAACAGCGACGGCAGGAGCUAAAAUCUAUCCUAGAGGAGCUGGAUUUUUAUAAGCCAGAUCUGGAUGGCCUGGAGGUGAUUGGCAAAGGGCGGCCGUUCACGUCUGUCUCAGCGCAGUCUCUUCCAAGUUCCACUGCUUUUGAAGAUUCUGAGACCUCCAGUGACUCCUUAAAGGACCGUGGCAGUGUGGUUUCAGAAGCAGUGCUGGGUCCAUCUUUAGACUUCUGUGGCCAGCCGGCACGUUGGAUCAACUGCAUCACUUCUUGCAGGCAUGAGGUUGGCAUUGCUGCCAGGCUCACUUUUGAGACUGUGGUUGGUGAGAAAGCCGAGAGCUUCCUAACAGUGAGCAGUGAUGGCACAGCUGCUGUCUGCUAUGAGUGGAGGAGGCUCCUCCAGCAGAUCCCUUCCAGAGAAACCGCGAGGAUGUGCGUGCGGCGCUUUUACUUUGAUGCCAGACCAGGUGUAAUUCUGCCUGGAGAAACCAGGAAGUUUUUUUUUCUUUUCAAGUCUGAGAGAGCAGGUGUUUUCAGUGAGUCCUGGGAGUUCAGGACACAUCCUCUGUUAUUAGGAGGAGCUCUGCUGCAGGUGACCCUUUGGGGAAUUGCUGUGUGUGAGGAUAAAUUGGCUGACCUCAGAGGAGAACUGGAGGCUGACCUGGCUGCUCGGGAGGGUGCAGCUAUUGUAGAAGAGACUCUGAAGGACCUUCUGGUCCGAAUUCGGACCCCCGAGCGCCCCCCACCUCCCGUGGGUCUGUGCAUCACAGAGGAGGAGUUAUUCCACAGGAAGAACCCCAAGUUGCAUUACCGGCAUCGAGAGGUAGAGCAGCUGCACGACCUAUGGAGACGGCGCGUGGCUGCUCCGCCUGCCCUCGGGGAGGAGGCGCCUGCAGAGCCAGCGGAGGAGGCGGGGGCGCAGCGCGGCGUCGCCGAGGGGCGAGGGGCUGCUGCACGGGGCUCAGGCUGGAAGCGCGCGCUUGAAGCGACUCCGAGUCAAGUGGCAAACGUGGGGCAGCAGGAGCCCGGCCCCCCGUCGUGGAACUUCUCACUCGAGGAGCUGCAGCAGGUUCUGACGUCCAUCCCCCAGGAGGAGCAGCGAGAAGCAGCGCUGUCCCAGCUCAACAAGGCAGUGCUGGAGCUUUGUGCUGAGCAGAGACCGACUCAGUCAGACCUUCUGUAUCAAAUGUGUCUCCAGCUGUGGCGUGAAGCAGUGGAUGCGCUGGUGCAUCACUCCCUGAAGCUGAGGUCCCAGCUUGGGUUGCCUGGGAGGGACGCCGAUGUGGAUGUUCUUCCAGAGGGAAGAGGGGAAGUAAAGCAGCCAAUAGAAGGAGGAGAAGACGGCAAAAUAACCAGGAGAAGAGAAGAGAAAACAUCGGUUGGUGGUAAGGAUAAAGAAGACAAAAGAAGAAGAACGAAGACUGCUGGAAAAGAGAAGGAGGAACGCCCGAACAGCAGAAAGUCAAAAGUAAAAGAGAAGAAGCUGAAAUCUUCCAGCUCGUCCGAAAAAGAGGUGGCACAGCCCCCAGGAGCUGCAGCUGCAGGCGCUGUCACAGCUCCGCGGGAGCAGACGGACCCCAUGGUUUGGGGGCUGUACCAGGAGAAACUUUACGUCCAAGUUUAUGGGCUGCUGGAUUCCAUGGUGAGCAAGAUGGUUUCUUUAUUUGAAGAGCUAGAACAAAACACGGCGCUUUGAAGCGGGAGAGUGAAGCCUUUUGUAAGUAGAAAUAGACUUAGUGAAUAAAUGGCCAUGCUUGCACAAGA